AUGCCCGCCGUGCCGGGACGCGCCGGGACCGGGAGCAGCGCAGCGGAGCUCGGCCCGCGCCUCGCGCGGCGCUCCCGGGGCGCCGGUCCCGGCCCCGCGCGCUGCCCCGCCCCGGCCCUGAUUGGCGCCCGCCCCCCGCCCGCGGGAAACUCGCCCCGCGCGGGCACCGCCCCGGCGCUCAUUGGGCCCCGCGGGGCGGCCCCGCCCACCCGGGCCACGCCCGCCCCGCGCCGCACCUAUGAUGCGAGAGCUGCGGUGCGGCACAAAAGCGAGGGACCCACGGCACAGGAGAGGAGAAGGGAAAUUUCUCUAAUAACAAAUUUCCAUUUCCCUCCGAAGCCGCGCUGUCAGGACCCGGCCUUACAAACCUGCGGGGGUGGGAAGGCUCCGGCCGGGGAUGCCCCGGGGCAGCGGGGCCGCCCCCCGAGGGGCUCUCCCCGAAGCGGAGCCGCUCCGGGUGCCGGGGGCCGUGCCCGGGAGAGCCCCCAGCCCCGCGGGGCUUUAUCUGCCCCGGGGCGCCGUUAUCUCCCAGCACGGACCAUCUGCUCGGGGGGGCGGGCACCGGCACUGCUCGGCCCUGCUCGCCACGUGCACGGCGUCCCCCACGCCCGCUGCCACCGGAGCAUCCCCGGGGGUGCCGCUCGGCGCUGGCACCGCACUUGCAGAGGGGAGCGGCGGCCCCGUCCCGGGAGGGGUCCCGGGGCGCCCCGCCACGUGCUGCCCGCCCCGUCCGGGGCCGCGCGCGGCGGCGCGGCGGAACAAAGCACGGUGGGAAAUGCAGUCCUCCAUUCAAAGCCCCAAAAACGCGCCAAGCCGCCCGCCCGCCCCCCCUUCGUGCCCGCCGCCACCGCCAGGGACCCCAGCCCGCCCCGCGGCCCCGGGACACCGGGGAGCCGCGAGCGCAGCGCCGAGUUGCACCGAGGGCGGCUCCGCACGGCCGCGGGCGGCCCCUUUGUCCCGGCCCGACGGGGCAGCGCGGCCGCCUCCCGCCGCCGUGCCCGCGCCCGCUCCGGCUCCCCACGGCCCCCGCCCCGCCCGGUGCCGCCGUCCCGGCCCCCGCCCGGUCCUGCCUGCACGGGGCCGCAGCGGGAGCGCGCGCGGGGAUCUCGCGGAGCCCCGACGGCAGCAGCGGCGGCUCCGCCGAGCGCGUGGUGCGGCUCGCGCCCGACCGCCCCCUCCGCCCGCGCGCGCGCGCCGCCGGCCCGCCCCCCUCCGCACUACAACCCCCAGCGCGCCCCGCGCUCGCCACGCAUGCGCACCGCCGAUCCACCCCCCCCGCCGCCGCCAUGUGCUCGCCGCGCGCGCGCCCCCUCCCCCCCGCCCCACGCGCACCGGCCACGCGGGGGCGGCGCGAGACACCCUCACCCCCCCCCCCAACACACACACCCCUCACGGCCCGGGGGAACACCCGGGGACCCCCAAAAAACAGCCCCGAGCCCCCCAGCCCCGGACCCACCGCCCCGCACCGCCCCGAGUUUCGGCCUCUCCCGCCGCCGCCUCCCCGGUCCAUUGUUGGUGCCGCGGGAGCCGGCAGCCGUGGACAGGGCGGGCGCGGGGGGCCCCGCGGUGCGGAGGAGCCGCGGGCCCGCGCGGGGCGCGGGGCGAGCCCAGCGCACUCCUACAGGUGGGUGGCGGCCGCCCGCGCCCCGCACAGCGCUGCCGCCCCCGCGCUCCCCGCACCGAGCCCCGGCUCGGGGUUGCCCGUCCCAGUGCGCGUCCCCCAGCCCCGGGCAGCCCGCGCCGGCCGACACUGAUUGCGGAGGGGCUCGGCAAGGCUGCGGCCGCCGCUGCCCGGCCAAUGGCAGCCACCGCCCCCGGCCGCCCCUUCCUCCCGCGGGGGGACGGCGAUGGAGGAGACCCCGGGCAGGGCCGGCACGGGGCGGGCCGGCCGGGGGGUUCGGCGGGGAUGGGAGUGAGGGAUCGAGAAUGAGGGAUUUUGAGAUCUUGGGGUGUGGGGGCUGCGCCCGUCCCUCGUGGAACCAGAGCCACCGCAGCCGCCACGGCCACGCGUGGCCGCAGUCGCUCAGGGCCACCAGCGCAGCGACGGGAGGAAACCUGGGCCGUUUUGGGGUGAAAAGCCCUGAAAUGACGUGGCGGGUCCUGUCCCGGCUGAGCUGGGCUCUCACGGUGCUGCUGGCGGCUCUCGCCGUCCAGCCGCCAUGGCCUCCCAGCACCUGA